GCCGUGGGCGACGCGACCCUGUCCUGCCUCUGUCCCCAGCCUGACUGUCACACGUCUCUCGCCGACCGUCUGCAACCAACAUGAAGUCUCUCCGCGUCUUGGCCGUCUUGGCAGCAGUCUUGGGCGUUGCCAUGGCAACAGCUCCCCUGCUCCGUAUGGACUCCAAAACCGCCAUCCCGAAUGAGUACAUCGUGGUGCUGCACAAGAACCUCACGGACUACGCAGUGGGUAAGCACAUGAACAACGUGAAGACGCUCCUGACCGGAACAAACGACACCAAGAUUCUGUUCGAGCACAACUUCCGCUGGUUCAAGGCCUACUCCAUCCGUACUAACAUGAAGAUGAUACACCACCUUGCGGAGCAGCCGGAAGUGCGGUACAUCGAGGCCAAUCAGGUGAUGAAGGCCUACCAGGCGCAGUGCCAGGACCAAUUGGAGGCCACCUGGGGCCUGGUCAGGACAGUCGAACGUGACCUUCUGUUGGACGGAAUCUACCACUACCAAGGCGGAGACGGAGAGGGUGUUGAUGCUUACAUCAUCGACACUGGUAUUUACACUGAGCACAGCGAGUUUGGCGGCAGAGCAAAAUGGGGCGUUGACACGGUGGACACGCCCAGCCCGGAAACGGACGAGAACGGACACGGAACUCACGUAGCCGGGACGGUGAUGUCUGACGCCUGGGGUCUGGCCAAGAAGGCGACCGCCAUCGCAGUGAAGGUGCUCAGCAGGAGCGGGUCGGGGUCCACUGCCGGAGUUAUUGAGGGCGUGGAGUGGACCGGUGAGCAACAUCAGGGCAACAACAAGAAGUCUGUGGCAAACAUGUCGCUAGGCGGCGGUCGUUCCGAUGCCAUGAACGAGGCUGUGAAGGCUGUUGUGGAGGCGGGCGUGAUUAUGGUGGUGGCUGCUGGUAACGAGGGCUGGGAGGCGUGUAACGUUUCUCCCGCUAGCGAGCCCACAGCAGUGACGGUGGGCUGUUCUGACAACGAGGACGAUUUCUGCUUCUUCUCCAACUACGGAACCUGCAUGGACAUCAUUGCACCGGGUAUGGACGUCACUUCCGCCUGGAUCGGCGGGCAGUUUGCCGACAACACCAUCUCAGGCACUUCCAUGUCUGCCCCUCAUAUCGCCGGGAUUGUUGCCAAGUACCUGAGCCGCCAGUCCACCGUCCCGUCACCCAAGGAGGUCAAGGACUUCCUGCAGAACACCUCCACCAAGGACAAGAUCAACAUGAUUCCGUCCAACUCAGACACUCUGAACUACCUGAGCUUCAUGGACUGUGGCGGCGGACCCGACGUCUGAGCAUGCGCGGAAUGACGUCACACUGUGCAAGUCACGUGAUGGGCCUUGGGAAGUCAUAUUUGUGUCUCUCGUUAAUUUGCUCUUGGGACAGGAUUUUGAAACUUUUGAGAAAAGGGAGAAAGAUGCUGUCUUGUUUUUAAAAGUUCAAAUUCCUGGCAUGCAACCUGACGAGAAACAUACAGCUAACUUCUCAACGCCCAGCGCCAUAACUGAUGAAAUGUUGCCAAAGCAAGAUGUAAAUUUUGAACGAAAUUGAUACAUUUAAAUUUCAGGGAAUUUUUCUAUGAAUUUUAUAUCUAUAUAACCAGAAGACGUGCAAUGUAUUUUUGUAAAUUGAAGUAUAUAAAGAGCGAAUAAAGAAAACACAGUAUGCUGCACUGGG